AUGUCUGGCAUUUACCGCUACCAAGUGCUUUCCCUUUACAAACAAAUCCUGCGUCUGGCAAAGUCAUGGACAGCAUCGAGUGGACAACUGCGUGACACAGAACAAGAAAGAACAUACAUAAUAGCUGAGGCACAAGUGCUAUUCAGGAAAAACAUGCAUGAAACAAAUGAAGAAAGAAUCAAAGAGUAUAUCAGGGAAGCAGAAACAAGAAUAGGACUAGCGAAACAUUAUGGAAACCCCUACCCUCGAAUGAUGAACUUUCCACAAAAUGUGCUUUCACCCAAAGGCCAUGCCAAGCUUAAGAAAGAUAAACAAAUUCUUGAUCAGGCUACACCUAUUUAUCUGAAAUCAUAUGAAGAUGAAACACAUGGAGUCAGAUAG